AUGCCACAGAAAAAGAAGCUAUCACUCAUUGAGCAAAACAAGCAAAGGGCUGCUGAGUACAAGUUGGAGACAGGCGACUAUCAAGACAGAACUGGGUGUUCUGGUGCCCCAAGAGCUGUUGCUUGCCCUACUCCAUGCAACCUGAGUCUCUCUGGGGCUCCCAGUGUGGAAACUGGUGAUUCGUUGGAAAUCUCAUGGAAGACUUUUCUCUCUGUGUUAAGGUCAAUGGAGGAAUGUUCGGAAAACAAGAUGAAUGCCUUAGUUCCUCAGCUCAUAACAUCUCAGCCAGUUCUGACGAGGAAGAAGAUUGUCACCAAGGCUGAAAAAAUAAGAAAAGGCAGAUCAAGUGCGCUCCCGGUUAUACGGAAGCCUGGAGAAAAAACAAAUGCUUACCAAAAGGAAAGGGAACGGAGUGCUGUUGUUCACAGCUCAAAGCAAGAUGGAGAAAAAAUUAGAAUUGGAUCAGGCCAGCCCGAUCCCUGUGGGAGGACUCCUAAGGGAGACAUAUGCCAUACAGGAAGCAAAACAAAGAUAGAUCAAGCAUCGAGUGAAACUCUACCUGAUCCCAAAGCCGUGAUCCAAAGACAACGGGAGGUGCCUCAUUUAAUUCCCCAAGAAAACACAUCCCUGACACACAAAUUCAAGAAAGGGCUGACGAAUCAUAAAGACUGGCAUCCGCAGAGUGAACAUUUUAAUGGAGACAGGCCUAAAUCAUGGAGCUCUGUUAUUAUGGGGUGUGAAAGACGUGCCCCAAACUUUUGUGAUCUCAGUGUCUCCAACAUCUGUUGUUUACCAAUGAGGAGGAACCGCAGAGUGCAGCCGAAGGUAACCCUUGCGGAAAAAUUAAAUAGCAGCAUUAGUGUGCUCCCUCAGUUGGAGUGCCAAGUUAAGAGGAAUUUGGUUUCAAGUGCUGUGAAGCCGCAGCAGCAAGAGGCUAUCCUUCCGCAAAUAUCCACCAAGAAGUUGCAUCAGCAGGAAAACAGAGCCCAAGGCCAAUCAUUUCCUUCAGCUCAUCGUGAAAACAGUGCAGUAGUUCUGUCCAGCAAGUCAGAAACAGAAAAAGGCCACAAUCUAAAGCUGCCCCUGACUUCAGCAGAAGCCUUGAAACAUUUUAAGAGCCAGCUAACAACGUAUGAACAACGGGAGAUUAAGGAAUAUAGAGAGCUGUGGUUUCUUGGAUUGGGAGCUAAAAAGAUUGAAGGCUAUCCUGAUGCAGAGAACAACAGUUCCUAUGAUGAUGAUCAUGGCUCCUACAAAAAGGUUCUAAGUGAUCAUAUCGCAUACAGAUAUGAAAUACUGGCUGUUAUUGGGAAAGGGUCAUUUGGGCAUGUUGUGAAGUGCUUGGACCACAAGACAGGUGAAAAAGUAGCAGUGAAAAUAAUAAGGAACAAAAAGAGAUUUCAUAAUCAAGCCUUGGUAGAAGUCAGCAUCCUCAGUGCUCUACGGCAAAAGGAUGAGGACAACGCUCACAAUGUCGUCCACAUGAAAGAAUAUUUUUACUUCCGUAAUCAUUUCUGCAUUUCCUUUGAACUUUUAGGUAUAAAUUUGUAUGAACUAAUCAAGAAAAAUAAUUUCCAAGGUUUUACGCUGGGUUUGAUUCGUAGAUUCACCCUGUGCAUAUUAAGAUGCUUACAGUUGUUGUACACAGAAAAGAUUAUUCACUGUGAUCUAAAGCCUGAGAACAUAUUAAUAAACCAACCCCAGCCUGGGCAGGUUUCAUUUAAAGUUAUCGACUUUGGAUCAAGCUGCUAUGAACACCAAAGAGUGUAUACAUAUGUCCAGAGUCGAUUUUAUCGUUCCCCAGAAGUGAUUCUUGGUCACCCCUAUGCAACCCCUAUUGACAUGUGGAGCCUAGGGUGCAUUAUGGCUGAACUCUACACAGGGUACCCACUUUUUCCUGGAGAGAAUGAAGUGGAGCAGCUUGCAUGCAUUAUGGAGAUACUAGGUCUUCCACCAGCUGAUUUCAUUCAGAGUGCAUCAAGAAGACGGACGUUCUUUGAUUCCAGCGGUACUCCAAAGAAUCUUACAAAUAGUAGGGGGAGAAUAAGAAACCCCAACUCAAAGGAACUGAGCGCUGUAUUGAAAACAUAUGAUGGUGCCUUUCUGGAUUUUCUGAAAAAGUGCCUUGUGUGGAAACCUUCCCUGCGCAUGACUCCGGAAGAUGCAAUGCGCCACUCCUGGAUGCAGGACCCAUGGUUACAUAAAGCAAAGCAAAAGCCCAAGCCUCCUACAAAGUCAGGCGAGGCAGAGAAGAAGGAAAAUGCUCAUAAGAGUGCGCAGCCAGAAAGAGAUGAAACCGCACGGCACCAACCUGCUGGAGAAAUAAAAUCAGACCCCUCUGAAAAGUUAUCUGUUCCAAAUCAGAAAUUAUCUCCCAUCAUAACCUCCCAAGAUGCAAACGAAGAGGAAAAGGAGGAUUCAAACAAGCAAGAAACUCCAGAAAAAGAACCGGAAACCCUGUUGGACAAAACUGUUAAAAGAGAACAGAGAGACCAUAGGACUGAGAAGGUCAUGCACAAAAAUACAAGCAUCUUGCCACCCAUCAAGUACAAGCAAUGA